UCUUUCUUUUUGUAACUCAGACGUUGUUUCACUGCAGAGCAAAGCAGACAGCUUCACUGAUCGUUGGAUAUCUAAAUGUGUCCAUACUGACAAUUUGGAUAUUUGGAUAUGAAUCUACCACCUGACUGAUUGGCUGAAUGGUUUUAUGAUUACUUUUUCAUUGCUGACUGACUGCUGAUCAAAUACUGUGCAGUGACUGAAUCCAACGACACUGACUGCCUGGUUCUUACAGGCUGUUUUAUUGCUGACUGGUUGAUUACAGAGCAACAGCUUCUGGACAAACUGUGUUUAGACUGGCAUGAUGUUGAUCGUCUCUGUGCUCCUGCUGCCGUUGCUCCUCUCCUCUCCUCCUGUCUCCUCCUCUCCUCUGGCCAAGGAUCAGUCCGUGUGCACCAGGACUUUCUGUGGUGCAGGUCGAGAGUGUGUGUCGACUGACAGAGGAGAGCCGGUCUGUCGCUGUUUACAGCGGUGUGAUGUGACGGAGCACUGGGUGUGUGGCAGCAAUGGCAGAUCCUACAGAAAUCACUGUGAGCUGCACAGAGACGCCUGUAUCACCCAGACCAAGAUACACGUGGAGCACAGAGGACACUGUCUGGAGAAACCAACAAAGACAGAUGUGAGCCCCAUUGUGUGCUUCCUGUCUGACCGUGACUGGUUGAGAGAGAGAGUGAUCCAGUGGAUUCAGGAGGAGGUAGGAUCGGACAACCUGGCCUCAAAUGUGUCCUCAGCCAAUGACCACCUGCAAACGUACUUCAAGACGUAUGACAAUGGGGAUUCAGAACUCGAUUCCAAAGAGUUCCUGAGCUUCCUGAAACAUAAUGAGACCGCCCUCAACCUCACAUACUCUAAUACUCCGGAGACUAACUUGCUACUGAGGUCUCUGUGUGUUGAUGCUUUGAUAGAGCUGUCGGAUGAAAACGCAGACUGGAAGCUGAGUUUAACUGAGUUCAUCAACUGUCUGACACCCACCUACCAUCCAUAUGAGAGAAAGUGUGCUCUGGAGGAUGAAGUGUUCGAGGAUGGAGCUGAAACUCAGAUGGAGUGUAACAAGUGUGUGUGUGCCUGUGGAAACUGGGUCUGCACCGCUCUGACCUGCACAGGAGAGCAUCAGAUAGAGGAGGAUGUUAAGGAAGGAGCAGAAGAAGAAGAAAUGACAGAAGAGGAGUGGAGCAGGAGAGUGGCUGAACUCAAUGCUUUACAGGUGGACAGUCAACACUGAACUGCUGCUGUGGUGGGGAAAUGAGACCUGAGGUCACACCCACUGCACCUGUACCAGCCAAUCAUCAGCCGAGAUAAGAGGAACAUCUCAUAGUUUUAUAUCAUCACAAACCAAAGUUUUUGUUUUUAGUAUCAAGCUGAUUCAAGCUGGUUUCUAUAUUUUCAUAUAUUUGUAUGGAUUUUUAUUGAUCAUAUACUACAGAAGUUGUUUUACAUAUUCAA